AUGAAACUGCUUGCAAUCCUCAGUCUACUGCUGAUCGGUGCAGUCGUUCUGGUUCACAGCCAGGAGUCCACCGAGGACGUCACCACCCCGGCUCCAGUGGAAUCAUCGCCAUCUGCAGAGGAAGUGGAAUCCACGGAAUCUUCCGGAGAAGUUGAUUCAGAAGAAACGACCCAUGAACCAGAGGCGACAAGUUCUGAACCCGAACCGUCAUCAACAACGACGGCAAGACCACCGAAGCCACCGCAUCAUAAACCACCCCACCAUCAUCACCCGAAGCCUCCGCAUGGCCAUCCGAGACCACCUCAGCAGGGACAUCCGCACCGACCACAUCCACCGUUUGUAUUUUCCGGGGUACCAUUCGGAAAUUUUGAAGCGUAA